CGCCGCCGCUUCUGCGCAGGCGCGUGUUGCCCGUCUCCUCAGAGGGGACCGACCGACUGACAGGGAUUCGGAGUCGCGGCCCACCGACCGGAGCGGAGUCUCGCUCAGACGCGGCGUCAUGUUCCGGCGGAAACUGUCCGCGCUCGACUACCACAACCCGGCUGGGUUCAACUGCCGAGAUGAAACUGAAUUCCGAAACUUCAUCGUCUGGCUCGAAGACCAGAAAAUCCGACACUACAAAAUAGAAGACAGAGGAAAUCUGAGGAACAUCCACAACGCUGCGGAGUGGACAAAGUCCUUUGAGAAGUACCUGAAAGAUGUGAAUUGCCCCUUCUCCGUACAAGAGCGGCAAGAAACGAUUGAUUGGCUGCUGGGAUUAGCUGUGAGGCUCGAGUACGGGGACAACGCUGACAAAUACAAGGACGCCGCGCCUGAGGGGGCCAAGAACGAGGACAACGCGGCCAAAAACGCAGAGCCCCUUAUAAACCUAGAUGUGAACAACCCCGACUUCAAAGCCGGCGUGAUGGCUUUGGCCAACCUCCUUCAGAUCCAGCGCCACGACGACUACUUGGUGAUGCUUAAGGCGAUUCGCAUCUUGGUUCAAGAGCGCCUGACGCAGGACGCCGUAGCCAAGGCGAGUCAGUCGAAAGAGGGAUUGCCGGUUGCCUUGGACAAGCACAUUCUUGGCUUUGACACAGGAGAUGCCGUUCUCAACGAGGCGGCCCAGAUCCUCCGGCUCCUGCACAUAGAAGAGCUCCGUGAGCUGCAGACGAAGAUCAACGAGGCCAUCGUGGCAGUUCAGGCGAUCAUCGCCGAUCCAAAAACUGACCACAGACUGGGCAAAGUGGGGAGAUGAACCCCUGGGGGGAAAAAAGGCUCCCGGUUCUCGCGUUCUCAGCUGCGUGGGUGGGGGGACCGCCCCACAAUCCCAGCAUGCAAUUCAUAAUGGAUACCGCCCCGGUGUUUGGAAACAAAAUGGAAGGGGGGCCCCCACCAACAAUGCCACUAAAUAUCGUUUUUCUUUACAUCAAUAAAUCUUGGGUUUAAAGAGAGAAA